CAACCGGAGCAAGAUGGCGGCGUCCAGUAACACAGAGCAUUCUCCUGAGAUAACGGCGCCCCUAAAGACACCCAAAACAGAGAUGCCAUCGCCCGAGUCGGAGGAUUUGAGUGACGGUAACCUGUACCAGUCCACCCCCUCCACCCCCAACCGCUUCUCGCCUCUGAACGUGGGCUCGUGCAGCGCGGGGCGGAUGGCGGCCUCAUCCUCCGCCAACAGCUUCACCGCCUGCAGAGGGAUGUCCUGGACCCCGUCCGAGACAAACGCCCUGAUCGCGGUGUGGGGCAACGAGAGGCUGGCGGAGGCGAGGAUGCAGCAGCUGGAGGUGGCGGGCACAGUUUUUUCCGGGAAGGCUCCGGGUCCGGCCAUGUACGAGCGCGUGUCCAGGGCUUUGGCCGACCUGGGCUACGAGAGGACCCCCUCACAGUGCCGCGAGCGCAUGAAGACCCUGCGGCGCUGCUACAGCCGGGUGAAGGAGCACGGCAUCGGGAAGAGGAAGAGCAGCUACACCCUGGAGCAGCUGGAGAAGGUGUUUGGACAAGGGGGCUGGGACGCUCAGAGCUGUGCCCCUGUCCUCAUCAACAGCAGCGGUCUGUACCAGGAGAUGGAGUCUGACAGCAGCACACUGGAGGAUUUCUCCCAAGAGGAGUGGUGUAACCACGUAUUGGACUCGGCCUUCCAGGAGGGGGACAUGGACACUGAGGAGAUCCAGGUGCCUAAAAACAGGCUUUUCCAGCUUCAGUCAGCGUUGUCAGAGCAAACGCAAAAAAGGGAGACGAUGCAGACUGUGAUGCGUAUCCUGGAGGCGGUACCGCUGAAGUGGGAGCACUUCCACACCUGGACCGAAUUCUCACGGCUGCACCUGUCCAACAAACUGGCCAUCUUUGGAGUGGGAUAUAACACUCGCUGGAAGGAGGACGUGCGCUACCACUACGCUGAGAUCAGCUCCCAGGUGCCUCUGGGUAAAAGGCUGCGUGAAUACUUCAACCCAGAGAAGCCAGAGGGACGUGUGAUUAUGACAAAGGUCCAGAAGAUGAACUGGAAGAACGUGUACUACAAGUUCUUAGACAUUACAAUCAGUGAGGCGCGCUGCCUGGAGCUGCACAUGGAUGUGGACUGGGUCCCCAUUUCCCUGUCCAGAACCGCGGGCUGUGGUAAGGGCACCUCCCACUACCUCCUGCCUGGGGACAUCCCAAAGACUUAUGGGCUCUAUGCCAUUGGCUAUGAGCCGAUGCCCUCCUGCACUGACACUGCUCAGAGCUCCUCACAGAGUGGUGAGCCAGACUUACCUCAUCCAGAAAACGGAGCUCACAAACACACUGACAGGACAGGAGCCCAUGUCACAUACUGUUACCUGGGCAUCGCUGAAGAACGCCCUCUACAGCAGAGUCUGUUUCAGCACUUUCAGGGCUCUGGCAGGAACACGUCCCACGGGGAGCCGGCCGCUGUCACACGCUUUCUACAGGAGAACUGUAGCGCUGCAUCCACCCUGAACAAUGGAGGGAGCCCUGUUCAACAGUUUGCCAUUUAUAUCAAGUUUGUGGAGGUGGAGCUGGACUUCCUAUCUGCGGGGUCUCUGCUGGAGUGCCUGGAGACAGCUGUGGGUUAUCCUUUAGAGUUCAACAAAGAGCCACUGUAACUGACGUCGUCGUCAGGGUUAAAGCUGUGAGCUCAGAGUCCUCUGGGUUUGGCACAAGUUCAAAAGGAGGUGCAAAAAUCAUACAUUUGUCUUUUCUUGAUUCUGUUUAACUCCAGAGCCUAAAACAACUUCACUAUGGUAUAAAAACAUGUUUCUGCAGCUGUAAAACAUCCGAAAACACUUAAGAUGCACUCGAGCUUGGAGCUUUACCAGGCCCGAUAAUGAGAACUUGUCAGGGAGGGAGUGAUUGUGAAGGUGACGACUGCAGCAGGCACCUGUCUACCUCAGUAGGAUGUAGCAAAAGAGGCCGCAGGGGGGACCACGAUGUGUAUGUAUAAAACACUGCCUUCACUUUAAUGUUGAGGGAUUGACCUGAAGCAUUGGAGCUUUUGUUAUGUUUUGCUUUAUUUUGCACAAUUGGACCAGCUCUAGAGAUGAUCUGAGAUAUUGGAGUUACUUCUGCCCGUUUUUGUUUCUGUCCGUGUACUUUGUGUUGGAGGUCUAUUUAUUUAGUUUUACUAAAUGAGUGGUUUUCAUAACACAGUCUGAAAAUUUAUUUGAACAAAAUCUUUUGAAUCUCCAUAGUAUUAGUGUGACCUCUGCUGCUCGUGGCAGAGCCGCUUCGGUGCCAUGGUCUAGAUGGUCUUUGACUUUGCAUAGCCCCGUGUCAUAUCUGGAUCAUCUCUAGCUGCUCAUGGAUGUUUUUAGUUUUAUAAAUUUAGUUUUCAGGCUGAAAGAUGCCACAGUUAAACUUGAUUGCAGAUGCUGAGUCUGGGUGAUAUUGUCUGUUACCUGCUGAGGUGAAAUCACUGUUGUAUAAAACAAUCUUUGUCAAGAUUCCUGAGGUUAUGUGCAAUGUGCCAGUCGGAUGGUAAAUGGUCACAUUUUUAUAAAGGGCCACCUUCAAGGCUCAAAGCAAUGAAGGAAACUGAAUGAGACUGUAUAUGAAAUCUGUUAUAUAUCUAAUAUAUAUUUAAGAAUAUCGUUGUUCUUGAGCAUUCCAGCUUUCUGCAAAGUUGCUGUUUUUGUUUAAUUAUAAAGUAUAAUAUAUUUUCUACAUUUUGUUUGACACAAUGUCUGUCUGUGAUUGUUUUGAGGUCACUGUCUCGUUGUUUCUGUUUAAAUUGAAUAAACAGGGCGCUCACUGUU